AUGAAUUCCAGUGAGCCGACCAAACGUAUUAAACGCAAUCAUACAGUUCGUAAACUCUCUUUAUAUUUCAAGGAUGAUGAAAUACUAUUUGAACAGGUCUAUAAAUCAAUAUCCAGAAUGUCUCAAUUACAAUCAUUAUUAUUAAAACGUUAUCCAACAACAGAUUCGCAAUGGUUAAUUGUCUCUAAAUGGCAAGAAUUGUUAGAAGUGAAUUUAAAAAUGACAUUAAAGAUAUUGAAUGUUAGUGUACAUUUUGAUAAUUAUUUGGGAUUCUUAGAUGCAGUUCAGUUGCAAAAAGUAUUUGAGACUAUCAACAUUGGUGGAAAAUGGAAUAUUAAAGUACAAAAAUAUAAUAAAUUUAUUUAUUUUGAGUUGAAGAACCUGCCGAGUGUUUCUGAUUCUAUGAAAAAGUCAUAG